AUGGCCACCCCUAUGCUGAAUGCGUUCUGGCUGCAGUUUGGGAGCCGGUUCCUGAGCGAUCCAGCACGAGUCUUCCACCAUAAUGCCUGGCACAAUGUGGAGUGGUUGGAAGAGCAGGCCUUGGCUGCGAAGAGGAAAGUCCAGAAGAACAGCACUCAGAGGGUGUGCCAGGUUAAUUAUGAAAUCAGGGCCCACAUAUAUUGGAAUGACUUCUACAAAAUCCAUGAAAAUGGGUUUUUCCAGGGCAGACAUUGGCUUUUUACCAAAUUCACACUGGCACCUAGCCAAAACCAAAAUCACGUGAAGGAUUUGCUCUCAGAGAACAUGAGGAGUGAAGUACCUGAAUGUUAGAGCAGUGACGACAGACCUAGUUUAAAAAUAGAAGAACAACACAAGUGUUCUUCAGAUAGCCUUGGACAUAAAACACAGAUGCCUCCUGUGGAAGAAAAGAACUCAGAACUCAAUCACCCGGAAAUCUGUGCUGAUGAGUUCCUUGGAUCCUCAGCCACCUACUGAAUACUCGAGGUUGUACCAGACAGGAUGCAGAAGGCUCUCCACAGGCUGAAGCCCGGAAAGACGAUGCUUCUGCAAGAUUAAGUCCCCUAUGAUACCGCUCAGCUUCUGUUUAAAAAAGGUCAGUGUCUGUCUGAAAAUUUCUAUGUGAGAGGUGAUGGUAUUAGAGUUUACUUCUCUAUGGAUGAGCUGGAUACGCUUUUCAGAAAAGCGUUCAGAACCUUGGUACAUCGCCGAAUGCAAGUGAACCGAGGGAAACAGCUGACAAUGUACUGAAUCACAGGGCGGCUGUUUGGUCUAAGAAAGUUUCAGGGAAGGCAACUCCCCGCGGCAUUCCAAGCGCAGAGUGGUCACGCGGACGUCGGCAUUCCAAAGGCCUACACGCUUGUCCGAAACCUUCCAUCGCUCUCAGAGGCCCCCGUGUUACAUUUUAGCAAGCCAGGUAUUCUGGAUGAUUUCAUGCUCUGCAUUAACCGCAACAUACAGAGAACAUCAUCAUAA